AUGCCAGAGAUUACCAGGGUUAAGAGUCUAUAUGCAGGCUUCGAGACUAAUCCAUCCGAGGUGAUUCCAAUCCUGCUCAAGUGCCGUGAACCCUCAGACAUCCGCUAUACGGAAGAUUCCGUGAAGCAGGAAGCCAGGCUAUUCUUCAAUUACUUGGAUGCAGACUCGGAGGGCUUUGUGUCGAUCGACGACCUCUUGCACGGAAUGUCCGCAAUCCAGGCAGUGUACCUUCCUCUGGAGGAGUCCUCGAAUCGAACGGGGGCUGCCUCUGGGAACUCGCUGCCCCUACUCCAAGCAGUUCCCUGA